UUAUUCUUUGAAAGUAUCGCGGCAUCGAAAUUACCUGUAGAGCCAUAGAAUCGAAGGUUCACCAGGUGGCGCAACAAACGACGCAACGUUCGUUGCCAGUUCGUUUUUUUUUUUGGAUCGGACCUCGACUUUCGAGGAAGAACUUAAGAGAAGAUUUCUUCGUUCAGAUUUUUCGUCGUUCUUUCAAAUUUCUCUUUUUUCCCUUCGUUCAUCUCGUUUUGAGAGAACAAGAGAGAGAGAGAGAGAGAGAGAGAGAGAGAGAGACAGAGAAACAGAGAAAGUAUUUCCGAGUUCCGGUGGGGUCGCCGAAAGUAGCGGAGCGUGACCGUGGUAGUUCUAACGGAAAAACGUGGGAAUUCUCGUAAUCGUAUUUUACCGAUUCUAUCGUUGUAACAGAGACAUCAAAUUUGGCUAAGAUCGAUCGGAACUCUAUCCUGGAGAAUCAGGUCUACGUUAUCGUUGAUGUGGUAAGAGGAAAAUAUAUUGCACUUCUGAUGGAGGAAGAAGAUAAAUCGAAUUAAUAAAAGAAGAAUCAAAGGAAUAAAAGUAGAAAGUGUGCGGAUACUUUUUCCUCAUAUUUUUUUCUUUUAUCCACUGGUGGUACAUUAAUUAGCGUGCGCUAAACGGACCCCGAGGUCAAUCGAGUUAAACGUCACGGCACAGCUUCGCGCGCUACUACGUUCAAGGAGUCAAUGAGUUGAGAGACUCUUACGUGUUAAUUCGUUAACGGGAUUAAAAAAAUACGUCAUUAAAAUAGUUUCUCUUUUUCUUUUUUCUUCAAACGAAACGGGAAAAAUCGCAAGGAAUAGAAAAAAAAAAGUAAACAACUCUGUUACUGCGACAAAGGAUACGCAACUAGAGAGAGAGAAAGAGAGACGAAAAAGGGACUUUACUACGAUCGGUGAGGCGUCAUAGUUUAAAAAUACAACUGGCUGCUACCGAUCGACAUCACCGAGAAGCCAUCGUCGUUUAAAGCAUAUUGUAUAGCGAGUGAUAAAAUGAGAAAGAGAGAUAGAGUUAACACGAAGAGAGAUAGAAAGGAAGGAAGGAAAACAGAAAGAUAAUCCUAUCCCACUCUAAAGUCUUUAGACGUCGGUGACGUCAGAUUGGCAGGGUAAGCUGUACGGAGUAGUUUCAAGCUCGUGAAAGGAAGGAAAGCGAGUAAAAAGAAAAAAAAAGAAGAAGGAGGAGAAGAGUCUUCUCUUGUUCAGCUGUAUGGCUUGCGUUUACCUUUUUACCGGCCGGCUUCGAGGAACGUAGAGCGCCGCCAUGUUGUCCGAAGCGAACGUUUUUUUCUGGCGGGCGUAACUUCUGAAUCUCUCUCUCUCUCUCUCUCUCUCUCUCUCUCUCUCUCGUAUCUUUUCAUCUCUUGAAGUAGACGUAAAGUUUCUCGUCGACGCAUGGUGUCUACUCAACGGAGAGACGUCAUCGUGAUCGUCGACCUUCGUCAUCGAUCGCUCGGAGAAGGGGAAAGAGGUUGUGCCGCUGGAGGAGGAGGAAGAAGAGGAGUUGCGAGGGUGGUGGUUGUGCUGGUUAUAGUGUUGGUGUUGUUAGUAGCGGUGGUUGUGUUAACGGAGAAGAGCGCCUCGAGCGAGGCCAGCGGCGAACGAAGAGGUGCCUCCUCGUGUCGCGUGAACGAACGAUGCUCGACACUGGUGUUACCGUCGCUCUCGUUAGACCGUACCAAGUCUCGCGAUGGAAGUCGACCGUUUCGUGACGAUUCGUCGCGUACGGUCGACCGUCGAGAAGUCACCUCGGUUCCUUAUUAUUUCGUUUCGCAGAAACGAACGUUCGCCGACGUCUUCCGUCAUUGUUUCUAUCGCGUUACCGCGUUCUCCAGUUACAUCGAAUUCCUCGAAAACGCCUCCUCUCCUCCGUCCGCUCUUCUCUUCAGCUGUUGAAAAACUCGUCCAGUGUUACUAUCAGCUCGUCCAGUGCAACUAUCUUACUAAGGAGAGAACUUGUUCGUACUUGAAAGAUUUGUGAUAAGUAAAGAAGACUUAUUUGGGAAGGUGUGUCAAUUUGAUCAAAAUUGCUUAUGGUGCUUCGAACGGUAGGUGAAGAAACGUCUUCGUCAUUACGGUGUUUCGAUAGUCGAUGCGUUACACGCUACUGCGCGUCGUGAAAACAUCGGUGCUCGAAGAAGAGAAAUGGGAAACCACCCGUCCGCCCACCAGCCGCUCGAGAGGGCUACCAGCCAUGCUGGAAAUGGUCUUCGUCUCUCGAAGCGCGAGAGAUCGCCGGGAAAGAGGAUGGACCGGCUGCGGAGGAGCUUUCGAGACAGCUUCCGACGACGAAAAGAUCCUCACGUACCGGAAUCAAGUAAACCUCACCAAUGGCAAGCAGACGAAAGUGCAGUACGUUCCGCUACUUGCGCUUUUCACGUUAAGUAUUUAGGAUGCGUCGAGGUGUUCGAGUCGAGAGGAAUGCAGGUUUGUGAGGAGGCUUUGAAGGUGCUCAGGAAUUCCAGAAGAAGGCCGGUGCGCGCAGUCCUUCAUGUGUCCGGCGAUGGACUGCGUGUGGUCGAGGAUGAGACGAAGGGAUUGAUCGUCGACCAAACGAUUGAGAAAGUUUCUUUUUGUGCUCCAGAUCGGAAUCAUGAAAAAGGCUUUAGCUAUAUCUGCAGAGAUGGUACGACCAGACGGUGGAUGUGUCAUGGAUUUUUGGCGUUAAAGGAGUCGGGUGAAAGAUUGAGUCACGCUGUUGGAUGUGCGUUUGCCGCGUGCUUGGAGAGAAAGCAACGUAGAGACAAAGAGUGCGGUGUAACGAUGACGUUUGAUUCAAAGACGUCGACCUUUACGAGAAGCGGUAGCUUCAGGCAACCGAGUCUUACCGAAAGAUUGCAGGAUACGCGUGAGCGUGCUGUAGAUGUUCCUCCGGUGAAGCAGGUGUACAACCCCUUCGCUAUUGAGAGACCCCAUGCCACGCCUUCUAUGUUAGAACGACAAGGAUCCUUCAGGGGUUUUACUCAAUUGAAUCAAGCGUCUCCAUUUAAAAGACAGCUUAGUUUACGCGUAAACGAUCUUCCUAGUAAUCUCGAGCGUACACGCAGUCACAGUCUUGAACCUACGGAUUUAUCGCGAAUGCCAUCGACCAUACAGCACAUCGUACCUUUGAAACCUCCAGUGAGCCCAAUACCGGAAAUAUCGCCAGGUGGACAGGAUAGCGUCUCUGCGAUGUGCCAACAGUUGUCCCAUGGACUUUCCUUGCUUUCGAGCAGCGACGAUUUUGGACCAUUGCCUUCCCAAGCCACAACCAGUUCGGUCGCGAAGCAACUUUUCAUGAAUACUAACAAUACUCCUCCCGUAACGAGUAGCAGCUCGCUGGACGACAUGAAAUUACAAAACGGGCCGAAUCUUAACAACAAUAACAACAACGACAAGAACGAGGAUCUCGCGAAUUUGAACGACGUGAAAGCAAGUUGGCAGGAGUCAUCCCCUUCGCCGAUUCUCGCGGUGAAUCCUAGGCUGACGCCUGUCCUAAAUAAGGCCAGCAAUUUAAGCCCCAUUCUUCCGAGGACAAGCACAGCCACUCCUGUGGUGAUGAGUACACCCGCGUCUAGCGUAGGUGUCUUUGGGACGCCUACAGCGGCCAGUCCCGCAUUUAGCACGGCCUCUACCUCUUCCCUCGGGAGUACUUCUACAGCGGUGGCAGUGAACAAAUCGACGAUUCCAGUCAAUAAUCAAUUAAACAAAGUUGCAACACCAAGGAGCAUCUCUCCUAGCGCCAGUGUAGCUUCGGUUUCUUCCUCGUUGUCCACAGCCGUGGUCAGUGAUGUCUCUGGGAUAUGUCCGAUUACUAUUCCUACGACUCCGGUUCAGGCGGUAGCAGCAGCAGGUACUCUCCCAAAGCCCGAACAAUGGUUAGGUAGUAUAACAGGAGCAGUGCCGGUAUCGACGGCGCCUCAAUCGACCUCCUCUGUAUCGCAGCAAGCUUCGACGACCAGUCCACGAAGAGCACCGCCAUUACAUGCAAGGGCUCUAUCUCUCGGCUCGGCCGCAAUGAGCGGUCAAGCGAGUAGAGGAGGUCCUUCCGAUCCUUUCGAUGCCGAAUGGGCGGAAAUCGCAGCUAGGAAUCUUCGACAGUCGGCGACGACGACGAAUCCAUUUGUCGUUCCUAACGCUACUCAGGCCUUCCAGGUGCAAUUGUAGCGCCAGGAGUUCGUGAACAGCGUCGCCAAGUACUUUCGCUCGAACACAUAGUGACGGCUGCACGUACGCUCGCGCCUCGAUCUCACCCACGAUCGUAGGUAUUAUACGUGAAGAUGAGAAGGAAGGGGAGGAGAAGGAGAAGGAGAAGAAAAAAAAGUCGAUUUCUUCCUCUCCCUUUGUCUACUCUCUUAACCGUAAAGACGAGCGAAACUCGACUUGGAUUAUCGCUUGGUUUUUCUCGUCACGAGACGACGAUCCCUGACACGUACCUCAUUGUUGUCGCUGUGGUGUUACCGGGGAAAAAGAGACGGCGAGCGUUUAGCAACGAAUUUGCAUAUGAGAAAGGAAAGAGGAGGGCAAACGGGAGGAAGAAAAUAUCCUAGAGAUUCUAUCGCUUAAUUAUUGUAGUUAGAAAACAAAGUAUGCGCACAGCCUCGAUAGAAGCACGCAUUAAUGUUAGGAGGACGUUGAUGAUGAUAACGACGAUGAUGAUGCACGCUCGACAAAUAAGAACAAGGAGAAGAACGUUGAAAGAGAAGAUGAGGCGUGAAUGCGCUUUCAAAGUAUAUGUAUGUGUGUGUGUGUGUGAGAGAGAUAGAGAGUGUGUGUGUGUAUAUACACACAUAUAUGUAUACAUAUAUGUGUGUGUGUGUGUGUGUGUGUGUGUCUUCUUGGAUCGAUCGAAAAAAAGACUGUAGACGACGAUAAAAAGAGUACUUAUGCGAAGAAAGGCAGCCUUCGAAGAAGGGCUGCAUAUCUGCUAGUUGCAUAUUUAAAUGUUCGUCCGAUGACGAUUAAUAUUCGAAUAUUAAAAGUAAUCUCGAUAGUCUAGGCUCCAGCCGAGAGCGGUUAUCGUUGUUCUGCAUGAGACGCAAAAUUGUACGCACCAAGAUUACGCUGCACAAGAGUCUAUCUUCUUAUGGCUCUAUUUUGAGACAUUUUGUUACUUUUUAUCUUUGUUUUUGUUUUUGUUUCGUAAUCGGAAAAGGAGAAAAAAAAAAAAGAGAAAAAAGCAUGAAAAUAAACACGUAGUCCGGCUCGUGGUCGUAUAAGGCACGUUCGAUUAUUCGUUUUUGAUAAGUUUGAAAUUGAUCGAAUUCGUGAUAUUUUAAACGUCAAUGUUUUCACGAUGGAACUGUGAUAUGUAUUCGAUUGGAUACGAUCACGAGUUAUCAAAGCACCGACUACUCUACCGUUCCCUAUCCGGCAAAAUGCACGUAGUUACUUAAAAUAAACAAAGAAUUUAGAUGUUGAAAUUAGAAAGCAGUACAUCCUGCACUAUCGUUGUCUAUUAUACGUAUGAUCGAAUUGCAUUUAAUAUUAUCGAGGAUUAUAGGAGCGAUCAAAGGAGAACGUAUACUUUCACGAAUAUCGAGAUACAAUGUAUCAUGACGUAAUGCAUAUCGAUAAAUUUAGUAAACUGAGUGAAAUGAAAUGGAACGCUGUAGAAGAGUGAGAAAGAGAGAGAGAGAGAGAGAGAGAGAGAGACAGAAAACGAUCGUCCAAUUUGACGAGAAACAAACUCAAGAGAGAAACUCCUCGAUCCCUUGUACUAGAAUAAAAAAAAAAGAAAAAAAAAAAAAAAAA